GCAUGACAGCACCCACGUGUGUUUGUUUACCAUUUUUAUCACCUUUUUACUCCCACUUGCAGUAGAAAAUUCGAUGAAUAUAAGCGUUUAGUUGAUAAAACAAUAUACAUGGAAGUGUGUGUGGACUCAGUAGCCUCUGCAGUGAAUGCUGAGGCUGGUGGUGCUGUCCGCAUUGAAUUAUGUAGCGGCCUGGCUGAAGGAGGAAUUACACCAUCCAUUGGUCUUUUCCAAGUUGUAAAACAAGCUGUGAAAAUUCCUGUCUUCGUGAUGAUCCGGCCAAGGGGAGGAGAUUUCUUAUAUUCUGAGGAAGAGUAUGAAGUCAUGAGGAUGGAUCUCAUAGCGUUGAAGGAUCAAGGAGCAGAUGGAUUUGUUUUUGGUAUCUUGGGAAGAGAUGGGCAUGUUGACAGAACUCGGUGCAGAGAACUUCUUAGUUAUGCUAGGCCCCUACCUGUCACAUUCCAUCGAGCUAUUGAUAUGACACCAGAUAUCUACCGUGCUCUUGAUGAGGUCAUCAGCAUCGGUUGUGAGAGAGUGUUAACUAGUGGUGGUGAUACGUCGGCUCUGGAUGGACUGCCCAUCAUUACGAAAAUGAUUGAGAUAGCCAAAGGCCGUAUUAUCAUCAUGCCCGGUGGAGGGAUCACAGAAAGGAAUUUAAAGCGAAUCAUCAAAGGGACUGGUGCGAGGGAAUUCCAUUGCUCAGCCAGGUCAACACUGCCAUCAAUGAUGAUGUUUACUAAAGACAACAUUCGAAUGGGUGCAUCUUAUGCACCGCCAGAAUUCAGUACAAAAAUCACAGACGCUGAUCGGGUGCGCUCUCUCAUGACCAUAGUAACAGAUGUUUGGCAAGAUCAUCAGCACAUAUAGGGCAACAUUUUCAACUUUUCUUACCACUUUUAGAAAAACUGGAGAUUGAAUGUUUCUUACGAUAUUUGCUUACAGUACUUUGGUUAGGAUUAUGAAAAGCACCUUUUAGAACAGUUAAUUUGUGGCAUAUGUCUGUUGUGAGCUUCAGGUAGAUAAUUAGAUCUUUUUUAAAAUGCUACUUGACAAUCUUUGGCCAUGAUGCAAUAACCAAACCAGCGUUUGGUCCAGUUUUGGCUACUUCAAAUGCUAACUUGCACAGGAACUUUGGCAGCUGUCUAGUGCAAGAGUGUAGCCAACUCAAAAACAUCAAAGGUAAACAAUUUCGUCAUUCUGAGCCACUCUGGUUUAAAGCUCAAAGAAAAUGUUUCCAUUCAGUGAGUGACCAGUGAUAAUAGAGAAAUUCGGAUGAAUUUACAACUGUGCUUUGUGACUGAGUAAAAGUCAAGUCACCUCCAGUUCAACUAAUUUGAGGGGACGAAUGCACACUAUUGACCCUUCCCUAAUUCUUGCAUGACUUGUUGAAAAUUAAUUAAAUUUAGACCUUUUGCAUGAUGCAUUUCUCUAAUAACCUGUAAUGUUAACACCUUCAGCGCCGAACCACGUAGAUCCACGUGGCCCAAAUCCCCCCUCUGAGCUGGUUAUUGGAGUCUCAUGGACUUCAUGAAGGAACUACGACAUCGCCAUCUUCAGGGCUAGGUAAGAACUGAAAAGACCUUUUCUUGUCUUUUCAGAACCUGCCUUGCCCUGAAGAUGGCGAUGGCGUAGUUUCAUGAAGUCCAUGAGACUCCGAUAACCAGCUCAAAGGGGAGGGGAGGAUUUGGGCCACGUAGAUCUACGUGGUUCGGCGCUGAAAGUGUUAAAUGUAAAUGUUUUGGACAUGUGUUUGUGACUGUAUUUGUGUUUGCGAUGAAAUACAUACUCUUUGAUUAUGCUACUUCCCUUAUAAUACCUUAUUGAUAUGGUUCACAGAAUGGUCCCUGGCUCAACUGGAUUUUGAAUAGCUAUUGUCAAAUUAAUUAAGUGUGUGGGUAUUUUGUGUAGAAGCUAGAUAUCAUCAUGUCAUUGCUCUUGCAUUGCAGAGGGGGAGGGGCAAUAAGUUUAUUCUUUAUAGACUUGUCAUGACCAGUUUAUUACUCUGUUAAACAUACAUGUAAAUGGACUUGUCAAACUGUUUAUUUACAUUAAAUUCUGUUCAUUGUUUUGUUAUCGUUUUUACUCGCUAGUUUCGUGACUGGACAUUCAGUUAGUUUUGAUGGGUUUUCAUAUGGGUGAGGGCUUAAGGUAGGAGCCAGAGAUAGAUUGCGGCUCCAUUAACUGAGUGAUAAAGAGUCCUUGUACAAGCAAGAAUAGUGCUCCAAGUGCUGAUGUCUACUGUGAGAAUCAAUCUGCUCUGCCUGGCUCCUUCCUAUAGUCUCGAUCCCUUCCAUGCAAUGAGACAUCUUUGAAAAUUCAAGAGGUUGGCUGUAAUCGAUGUUGUAUGCUGAAUUCGGAAGUGUUGGCUUCUCUGUCAGUAAAAUAAAGGAUCUCUGUUCA